AUGACCGACGCAGCCGUUGAGGCGGCUUUGGCUACCUCGCUUGAAGCUCCUGUGCCUACGCCUGCGCCAACCUUCGAGGGAGAGAACAAGUUUCAGCAUGCCAUAUCGGCAUGGAGGACUAUCGAUCUCACCAGCCUUGUCUCCAACCUGGACAAUACAGCGUCAGACAUAGUUGCUUAUCAGCGCGAUUCGACCGUUCAGCGAAAAGAACUGGCACAAAAAACGAAGGAAUUUCGUAAACUCGAUGAUUCUGCCAAGCUUACAGAAAUCAAGGGCUUGUUGAAAUCCUAUCAAACCUUCAUCGACCUUCUUACGAACCACUCCAAGUCUGUCAACUCGGCAUUUCUGCAGACUUAUACUUCGUUCUCCGAUGCUCCAGACCCAUACCCCCUCCUCGAAGCCUCGGUGGAUUCGAUGCUCCUUGCUGAAGAUACUUUGCCCAAGAUUACCGAAGAGAACCAACACCUGCAAGAGAAUGUCUCGAACCUCACAACCCAAUUAGAGGAUGUCGAAUCGAAGCUUCAGAAUGAGCGGAAGUCCCGAAAAGAGUUGGAGGAGAAUCUCGAGAGUCGUGUCAAGGAAGUCGAGACAUCGUGGACCGCCGUGCUAGAAGAGAAGACCGAUAACUGGGAGGCCAAGGAGAAGGCGUUGGAGGACAAGCUGGAAAAACAGGAACGCCUGCUUACCGAGAUGCGUGCUAGCUAUGAGGUUAACCAGCGAUUGGGCAAGAAUGGCGAUGAUCAGGAUACUCAACGCAACCAAGUCUCGAGCGCUGAGCUUGAGAUGCUUCAUGCGGACUUGGAUCGUACAAGCUCUCGACUUGCCGAGAUCGAAGCACGCAACGAGCAAAUGCGCCUGGAGCUGGCACAAGCCAAAUCCUCGGCACAACAGCAGCCUCAGAUGAACCUUGAGGACGAUCCUGGCUAUAUGCGAGUGAGGUCCGAGAACCAGUCUAUGAUCCGCAAGCUCGAUGCUGCCCGCGUAGAGAAGGAAGGACUCAAGCGGGACCUAGAUGCCAGGCUGCGGUCCGUUGAAAGGGAAAUAAGUGCUAUAAGGGAAGAAAGGGACACAUUAAAGAGUAAGGUCCAAAAGUGGAGCGACUACGAUGAGAUCAAGCAAGAGCUUGAAGUGCUCAAGAGCAUCGAGUUCUCUACAGGCGAUGACGAUGAGGUACGAGAGCAUCUCGAGACGAACAAUGCUGAGGGCAAUUCUCUUGAGAAACUUCUCCUUGCACGAAACAAGAAGCUGGGCGACGAGUUGACAAUUAUGCGUGUUUCUCAUAACGAUCUGCAGAGCCGCCUAGAGGAUCUACAAGAGGAGCUGUCGAGGACGAAUGCAGAUUUGGAGCGAUCUCAGAAGCUCAACCAGAAGCUGGAGAGUGAUUUGGAGACGAUUCAGGAAGAGGGUGCCAACGCAUUCCCGUCCGGUGCUUCCGUAGCUGGAACAUAUGUUACAAGGGCAGUCGGACGCAAGAGUGGCAGAAUCUCGCCAACGUCUUCCAUCAUCAGCGGCAUGGACCCUCGCAUGGGAGGAGGUGAGCCUGGUGAGCGAGUCUACGGAGGAGGUUCUGGUAUGCUGCCGAUGGUUACGGCCCAGCGCGAUCGCUACAAGAAAAAGAAUACAGAGUUGGAGGAAGAGCUAUCAAACACACACCGCACGGUUUCGCAGCUGCGCCAGGAAGUAGCGGCACUGCAGAAGGAUAACCUGAAUUUGUACGAGAAGACAAGAUAUGUCUCAACCUACAACCGAGGGGGCGGCGCGGCGACAUCAUCAGCGUACGGAGCAAACCCAAACCCGUCGACAGUGUCGAUCGGUGAAACGGGCAAUCCUGGUAUUGCCAUGGACCGGUACCGCCAGGCAUACGAGUCUAAUAUUUCACCAUUCGCAGCUUUCCGCGGGCGGGAAUCUGCUCGAGCCUACAAGAGGAUGAGCCUCCCGGAGCGCGCAGUAUACUCUUUAACGCGCACAGUCCUUGCUUCGCGGACCAGUCGAAACCUGUUCGGUGCCUACUGCGUGGCACUCCAUUUGCUGGUGUUUAUGUGUCUGUACUGGCUGAGUUCGUCGGACGUCCAGCGGGUAACUCAUCUCGAGUCCGCGGCCGCGGCGGCAGCUGGAGUAGCCGGGGGCUCACUUGGCAGUCCAAUGGAUGGGGCGCCUAAAGAUCCUGCAAAGUAG